GGGAUUUCUAUGUUCUUUUCAGUAAGAAUACGUGUCGACCAUGCCUUUGCAAGACGUGGGACGAGGCGCGUCGAAGAGAGUCAAGAUACCAAAUAAAACGUAUUAAUCCGAUUUUACCCCUCCGAAAACCCCUUGCCAACAGUUCCAUCCGCUUCAGCAGUUCAGCUUCAGGGUUCUGCUUUUGCAGCGAUGAUUCGCGUCGCAGUUAAACUCUAUAGAGCGGCUACCUCCGUCGCCUCUUUACCAACUUCCCGCACAACCGGACGUCUCCCUUUUUCAUUACCACGGCCGUUCAGAUUACUCCACGAUGGAAUCAACGGCGCGGAUGCGAAUCCUGUUGCUCUUCAGAUGAUCAACUACGCUAUCUCUCAUGCCAGGUCCCAAAAAUCAGAUGAAUCCUACGCACAAGGUCUACUGAUACUGGAACAGUGUCUUUCCACUCAGUCAAGUGACGUCCCAGAUGCUGAAAAUUCAAGGGGAUUGGUAUUUCUGGCUAUGUCUACCUUAUUAUCUGAAAGAGGGGAUUUUGGCGAGGCAAUCGAAAAACUUCAGAGAAUCCAAGAUUUAAAGCACUCUUCUUUGGGCGUUAAAGUUGCUGCAAUGGAAGCUCUUGUUGGGCUUCAUCUAGAGUUGGGGCAGGAUGAUACUUCAACAGUGAUCUCAGAUAAUUGCUUAGAACUGGUUGACAAAUAUGUACCCAAAGCUGGUGGUGGAAACCCCUUGGUCUUAAGUGUCCGUGCCAAAGCAGCUAAAGGGCUGGUUGAGCUUGUCCGUGGUGACCUGCAAUUAGCAGAGACAUUUUUGCAAGGACGUGAGGAAAAUGAAGGAAGUACCGGUAGUGUUGUUCUAUCAUAUGGAGAAUUCUUGCAUGCCACUCAGAAUCUUUCCUUGGCAAAAGAGAUUUACCAAAAAGUUAUUCAAGGGGUAGCUGAGAACAAAGAUUUUAGUGACUUAAAUGCCUUAGCAGCUUGUAAUAUGUCAUCUGCGGAAGUAUUGUUGGCAGCCACAUGUGCUUUAGGACAGCUUGAGGCACACAUGGGAAACUUUGGCGACGCAGAAGAGAUAUUGACAAGGGCAUUGUCUACAGCAGAGGACCACUUUGGCUCUCACCAUCCUAAGGUUGGGGCUGUCUUAACCUGCAUAGCUCUUAUGUUUAGGCGUAAGGCAAUGCAGGAACGUUCAAGUUCCCUUUUGAUUCAAGAGGGACUAUACAGAAAGGCAAUAGAGUUGCUGAAAGCUCCACAGUUGGAGACUGAUGGUUGCCUCUUUUUGGUAGAUCAAGAAGCAAAGGUAGAUAGAAGUGAUAUUGUGGUUCUUGCAAGAGGUGGGUAUGCAGAAGCACUCUGUGUCCAACAGAACAGAAAGGCUGAAGGAGAAAAAAUGAAGACUUGGGCUGAGGCUGCAUGGAGGAACAGUAGGCUGUCACUGGCUGAGGCGCUAGAAAUAUCGGAGUCUUCUUCCAAAGUGCCAGUUAUAGAUGCUCGAACCUGCAGAGCCCUUUAGUUUCUCUUUUUUCCGGGUUCUGCAGCAAGAGUUCACAGUACCUGUUCUUGAUACCUCAAAGAAGUUUGAAACUCGCUCCAAACCCACAUACACUCUACCUCCCGUCCAUGUGAGACAGAUGUCUCAUGUCUGCAUUAUGUAUCCGUCUAUUUAUAUGUGCAGAGACAUAAUCCAGGCAGUUGCAAUGCCUUCUGACUGCAUAUAGCAAAGUUGGUCUGGUGUAACUUAAGCUGGUUGACCGAUGAAUGAGCCUUAGAUUGA